UCGUGUUUUAAAUCAUUAGCAACGGUCUACGGAAGUCGUAAGGAUCCGUUACUAUUCUUUGAAUUCAUUUGUUUACCACCACAUGGGAAUAAAAAGGUGUCCCACCUUCCCCCACCCAAUGCUAUAAAUGUCCGUUAAAAUGUCUUUUAAUUCCCAGAACUGACAAAAUAUAAUCGCUUUAAACACAGAACAGAAACUGUAGUUUAAAACUGACAACCUUAAAGUGAAAUAUAGGGGUAUAUAACCUAUAAUGGCUUCAUUUUCCCACAUUUUAUAUUAGUUUUAUAUUAGUUUCGUUUUACACAUAAAGACAUCUAACGCACAUAUUGGAUUAGUACUAGAACUAAAAUAGCAUGUACAAUAUGCAAUACAAAUUUCACGCGCGGCUCAUAGAAACAAGGAAAUCAAAAUACGUAGGUUUGGUUUAUAUUUACUGCGUCAGUCUAUUACUCUACCCCACGCUUCCUAAAGUCUUUUUAUUGGCGCAGCUUUAUCAGUGUGUCAACGCAAAGUGCGGGAUAUAGUUGCUAUAUUAUUAAGAGGUUGAUUAAUAGUGGUGAUCAGUUACCGAGUCUGUUAUUAAUAUAGGCUACUACAGAUUAGACAACUUAGUAUACAGCAGUAUAUGCUACGAAUUUGAUUAAAAUAUUUUUGGUAUUUCUAAAAAAAAAAGUUUUUUUUAUAGAUUAGAUAAAUAGAAUGUACUUGUAAAAUUAAAGAAUGAUAAUGCCGAAGAAUAUUUGGGGAAUCAUUCUGUUUCUCUGCGCCUGUGUAAGUGCGCAAGAAUUUGAAUUCUACAAAGGAUAUUACUUUGUGUUUUCAACACUAACUGCAAAUCAUGCUGGUGCAAAAUCAGCAUGUGUUGGAUUGGGUGGUCACCUUGCAAUUAUACCAGAUGUAGAAACUCAAACUUUCAUUCAAACUAAAGGAGAUGCUUACAAGAGUGCAGGAAAAUGGAUGACAAGCAAUAAUGAUGCUUGGAUUGAUGCAGCAAAGACAUCAGAUGGAACUGGUUGGGAAUGGAGCACAACACAUGACAAGUUUUAUUUUAAAACAACUCCACGUGGUAGUGAUGGUGGGGGUUUUAUACAAAAUGGAAAGUACAACUAUUGGCAUAUAUACCAUCCAAGUAUUGAAGAUUAUGGGGUUGUUAGAUCUAAGCUUGGACCUCCAUGGGGUUGGGUAUCUGUCACAGCUUCAACUGUGGCUCACUAUAUUUGCCAGAUUAAAGCUACAUUGGAAUAUUACAAAGGAAGCUAUUUUAUAUUUUCCCAACAAAUUGCAAAUCAUGCUGGUGCAAAAUCAGCAUGUGUUGAAUCAGGAGGUCACCUUGCAAUUAUACCAGAUGCAAAAACUCAAGCCUUCAUUCAAACUAAAGGAGCUGCUUACAAGAGUGCAGGGAAAUGGAUGACAAGCAAUAUUUUUGCUUACAUUGAUGCAGUGAAGACAUCAGAUGGAACUGGUUGGGAAUGGAGCACAACACAUGACAAGUUUUAUUUUAAAACAACUCACCGUGGAACUAAGGGUCCAUUCAUUGUUAAUGAUAAAUACAACAACUGGCAUAUUUACUUUCCGGGAGCCGAUAACUAUGGAAUAACAAGCUCAUACCCGGAUGCACAUAUUUGGAGAUGGAGAUCAACCAAACCCUCACUUGAUGCUCACUAUAUAUGUCAAAUUAAUGUGAAAAGCACGUCACUGGUUGCAUCCAAAUCCACUUUAAAUGUAAAGUACGGAGAAGAUUCUGUUCUUUGUUCAUCAGAUGCCAACCCUGGACCUCCUAUCUCAUGGAAAAUAAACUCACAAGAUGUUUCAACAAACACAAAUAAACGAGUUUAUCAAAUAAUUACACAACCUACACUAGAUGGGAAUUCUACAUCACGUUUGUAUUUAACUCGUGGUUUGCAUCAGAAUUCUGGUGUUUAUACUUGCAAUGCUACUUCCCUUGACCAAUCUGCAGUAACUACUGUCACAAUUGAAAAGCGACCAAGAUUAUUGGAAAGUAAAUUAGAGACAUCAACAUACACUUGCAUAUUUAUCGGUGAAACUUCACCCACUAUUCAUUGGAAUGCAAAUGGUGGUACAGUUGAACAAGGAAUCCUAAUAAUAAAAAACACAGUGUUAAAUACACAUCAAGUAUCAAGCCAAAUUACGAACUUGUUAAUAUUUGGAAGUACAGAUGUUGUUUCAUGUUGGGCAAACAAUACAGAUGGUUCUUCAAACAUAAUAUCCAAGACUGGAUUUUCAGAUUCUCCAAGCUCAGCAAUCACUUCUUCACCUGGUGGUUGCCCUGGUAACCAACUACAAGUUAAUUGGACAGAUAUUACCAAAACCAGUGGUAACAUUGUAUACAAUGUAAGCAUCACUAAUUCAAGUCAAACUUACAUGAAAACUCUCACUCAAACAUCAACAAGUGACAACAAAUAUUCAAUCACUUUUGAUAAUCUGACACCAAGAACAGAAUAUAUCAUUAAGGUGAAUUUGUUUCCAAAGUAUUCCAAGAAAAUCGACCAAAUAGUAGGAAGAACAACUGGUGAAAAACCAAGUAUUUCAUCGGCAAGUGCUUCUACUGCAAAUUUGAAUUCAACUUUUUGUUUAAUAUCGUGGGUUAAAGGACCAGAACCUGGGAUAAUUGGAGCAAGUAUUGUUGUAACAAGUAGCCUACACAGGAAAGCACCCGGUGUGCCAGGCUUUGAAACCACUGUAACACAUAUACCAUCAAGUGGUAUAUCUCCGUACCAGUUUGAAACAAAACCAAAUCGUAAACAUGUCAUCACAAUCGCUGCGAAGACUUGUUCUGAAAUUAGUUCAUAUAUUGUAGCAACAGGACAAUGUAUAUCACCAGUACAAGCCCCUGCUAAUAUACCAACCCCCACAACAGUUGGAAGUUCUGCAAGUACCUUACAUAUACAAGUAAACAAAGCUGAUGAGACUAACGGACCAAUCAGUUGUUAUCUUGUCAUUGGUGGUAAAGAAGGAAGCAACGUUUAUAGAGAUUCCUAUACAUGGAUGGAAAUAAGAAACAUAAUUGCAACAUCAAACUCUUCUACAUAUUGUGCUGCAGUUUUACCAAGGUUUAAUGAAACAAGCAGACAAGUUAGCUUAUUAUCCAAUACAACAACACAAUGUAAAGUGAAUACAUCUUAUGCUAUAAGCUGCUCCAACAAAUUGUUGACCAAUGGAGUCACAUACAAAUUUCAGGUUGUCACUUUAACUUCAGCUGAUGGAGUUUACUUGACACAAACCAGUCAACCAAUUGUUAGAACCAUAACUCAACCGAUAGCAACAACCACAAAUCAACCGAUAGAUUCAACUUUAGAAUCAUCUGCAAGUUCUAGUACAAUUAUAAUAGCAGUUGUGGUAGUCGCCGUGUGCAUGUUGAUAGCUCUUGUAUUGGCUGCCUAUUUCUACAGAAAACGGAGGAAUGUACAUUUAAAACAUGGUAGAUCACAGAAGCUUCAUUUUGUUUCCCCGGAAGAUGCUGAGCAACAAGAUGAGGAAGGAGCUUAUGUCAACUUGGAAGUUGUUCAAAAUCCGGAAUGGGAUAUUCUGACUGGAAACUUGUUGAAAAGGUACAAGGAUAUGUUGGCUUCUAACGAUGCAGCUUUUAAGAAGCAAUUCCAGGAACUGGCCACUGCUACAGAGGAAAUAAAACUUCAAAAAACACACGCUGAAAAUCCAGAACACAAGAAGAAAAAUCGCUACAAGAACAUUUUGCCAUAUGAUGAUACAAGAGUUAAACUGAAAGAAACAACUGAAAAUUCGGAUUACAUAAAUGCAAAUUAUGUUGAUGGUUAUUCUCAGGAGCGUAAAUUCAUAGCAACACAAGGUCCAUUGGAUCAAACAACUGGAGAUUUCUGGAGGAUGGUUUGGGAACAGGAAUGCUUGGUUAUAGUUAUGCUUACUAAUCCUGUUGAAUCUGGCAAGAAAAAAUGUGCAAAAUACUGGCCUGACCAAGGAAAACGUUGCACAUAUGAUGGUUACAAUGUUGAGACUGUAACAGAGGUGGAUUAUGGAUCUUAUAUAGUAAGAACAAUACACAUUGAAGAAUCCAACAAUGAGUAUGCAUCGGUGGGUUCUAUUGCACAACUAUGUAAAAACAUUCCUUUAAUAUUUUUACUGGUUGUAAUCCAGGUGUUGAGAAAGAUACAGCAUUUCCAUUACAUUGCAUGGCCAGAUCAUGGUGUGCCCUUGAUAACAUCUAGCUUGGUUCAAAUGCAAGGGAUUGUUAACGCUGCAGAAAGUGAUUCAAAAACCACUGUACCUAUAGUUGUACACUGCAGUGCUGGAGCAGGUCGUACAGGAGCGUACAUAGGUUUUGAUAUUUUACUUGAUGAAAUGAAAUCAAAGGACCAGGUUAAUGUUUUUAGGACAGUGCUUAAAAUGAGAAAGCAAAGAAUGGACAUGGUGCAGAACAUGAAACAGUACAUAUUUCUUCAUAAGCUGAUAACAGAAUGUUAUGCAUUGGGAAACACUGAAGUGGAUGCUGCUGAAUUGGAAGAACAUAUCUUGCAGCAAACCAAAAUGCUGAAAGAAUUUGACAACUUAAGUAUCAUUCUUCCUCUGACAACAUCACAGAAAAUUGCUCUCCAGCAUUCUGAUGAUCCAGGAAACAGAGAUGUUGAUGUCUUACCAUAUGAUCACUCUUUGGUUCAAGUUCUGGGUGAAAAUGAAAAAGAUUCCCUUUACUUGAAUGCUUCAUUCAUAACGGAUUACUUUCCAAAAGAAACUUUAAUUGUAACACAAGAUCCAGUGUCAACUAAUGUGAAUGCUUUCUGGAAAGCAGUUGCUGAUAACAAUGUCAAUGUUAUUGUAAUGUUAAGUUCAGUAGGAAAUGGGGAAACAAAGGACACAUGUCUACCAUACUGGCCAGAUGAAGUUUGUCAAAGUCAAACUUAUGGACUUGUUAAAGUCACCCUUGUUGAAAUAAAGAAAACUCCCGAACUGAUUGAGCGAGAACUUCAUGUGGAAUGUGGGCAUAUUGAUUUAAUCACAACACAAAUCCAAUGUCUUUUCUGGGAAGAGAAUCUUGACACAGAAGGCACUAAGAGCCUUGUGAACUUGGUCUCCAUUGCUGGGCAGUUAAAGAAAGAGAACGGAGCAAGUUUAAUUCAUUGCUGUGAUGGAGCUGGGCGUUCAGGUGUGUUCUGUGCCGUCAACAACAUUAUAAAGAGAUUAAGAGCCGAAAAUCGUAUUGAUGUGUUUCGCACUGUUAAAGAUCUAAGAGACAUGAGACCGCAUAUGGUUCGAACUGCUGAUCAAUAUCUAACCUGCUACAAAUCCAUCAGUGCUUUCCAGUCUUCUAUCUCAACAUAUGCUAAUUUCUAAGUGACAUUCUUUUGAAUCCCAAGGUUUAGAUUUUGCACUUAAACACUUAUCUUAAACUAGGAUUUGAAACCUCAGACAUAAUCUCUGCAUAUACAGCUUAAAAAGCAGAUAUCUUGAACAAUGACGUAUCGGAUUGCAUAAAAAACAGUUUAGUAAUGUAAAUGCAUUAUUUACAAUUAGGUAUAUUUCAAUAAUUGUGAAACACUGACAAAUCCAAAACAUUUUAAAUGAUAGAUUUAAAUUUGUUGGUAAACUUUCCUCAACUGUGGAUUUCUAACCCAUAUGUUUUUUUUUAUUAAUUUUAUGAUGUAAAUCGAUUUUAUGAUGUAAAUCGUGACUGAUAAGUAUACUCCAGUUUUCUUGUUGUUAUGUAAUUUAAUAAUGAGUCUAAAACUCAAAAAACAUUGUUUUAUAUUAUCAAUCAAACGUUUCUUUAUUGUAGUAAGUGAUUUAUUAUUAACGAACUUUAUUGCAUAUUAGUGUCUAGAGUAGAAAACAAUAUACACUUAUCAUUGGUGAAUAGUAAUCAAUACGAAAUAAACCAGGCUUAUGAAUUUUUGAUCAACCAAAAAUAAA